AUUUCAGAUUCUGUGUUCUGUUAAAUUUGUUUUCCACAAAUUCAGACUAUUUAGACUUGACCAUAAAACCAGCCAGCUUUUUACGUCUUUUGAAUUGUAUUGGGUACGUAUUUAAUGGGCAUUCUUUAUCGGGUACUUCACUAGCCCCAUUAGAUGCAUUACAUCAGACUUCGUCGGAUGAUAAUUGCAUUUAUACAGUUGCAAUGCUGAAAUAUUAUCUUUCCGAGAACACUUCGAUCGCCUUGCCUUUUUCUAUUGAGCAUUUGCUAUCGGCUUUUAAUAGCUCCAGUACUUUUUUGGUCAGGGAGGCCUCAAAAUUUAUCUUCAAUUAUCAGUUCAAUGUGGUCAGACUCUCGAGCUAUUACAUUGGGCUUGGCAUUGAGCGUUCAUAUUCUUUAUUGUAUAGCAAUGUAGAGCGUAAUGUGGGCAAAUCUUCGGCUUUGUAUUUGGACAGUCAAAGUAAGGACGAGUUUUUUGUGAUCAUGAUAAAAUCUACCCAGACCUCUGAUGUGAUCUUGUCGCUUUAUGAGACGAAAAAAUCUUUGGAUCUUGAAAAUCUUACACCCUUGCUGACGUUUAAGAGGGAAAAUGGGGACUAUGGGUUGGGAAUAAACGAUUUUGGCGAUCUUAUUUCUCCUCACUUUUCUCUUGACAAUGCAUUUGACACAUGGAAGUCCCUCAUGAAGGAAAAUCGGAGUUCAGCUGUGGGUUCUAGUUGCUCAAUGUCAGACCCCAUCAAUACGCAUCCUUCUGCUUCUUUUUCGUCUGGCGAAUGGUGGAUAGCUAGGCAGCAAUUGAAUGCCAAGAUUUUCUCUUGGCUCGCUGAUUUCUCUAUAUUGGUAUUUGGAAUAUUUCCCUUCUUACUCCCCACAUUUUCCUAUAGUGAUGUGGAUCUCGAACCUUUACGCCAGCUUUUAGAAAACAUUGAUCUUUUUAUAUCGGAAUUUCAAUUGAAGGUGCUUAUUGGCAUUUUGUCAAGCAUUGAUUUUCAGAGAAACUCCUCAUAUCUUCCCUACUUGUUGAAAGACUUUUGUAAAUAUUUCAACAUAUCUGUUAAGGACACUCUGCUUUUUGUCGGGGCUCUUCAAAGAUUUCUUGAUCGUGAUAUCAAGAAGGAAGCGUUGUCAAUGAAUGCGUCGAACAAAUUGAUAAUUCUAAUCCUAGACGAAUUUCUUCUUGAAUAUCCCUUUGAGUCAACCCCUUUUUUGUCAUCAAAGCCAGUUAUCAGAAUGCCCUCCUUGGCUUCUGUUUCUAGAGCCCUGAUUGGCUCUGGUAAAAAAAUCUCGACACCAUCCAUUUCGUAUUUGCUGAAUCCAGACGGCUCUUUAAGGGCAACGGAAGACCGCUUGUCUUCUUUUCUCCUCAAUAACUCCCAUUGGAAGGGUAUUAUUGGAAGAGAGCCCGAUGCUAUGGAAAAGGCUGACUUGGCGUCAUCCGACAUUUUUUUAUACUUUGGACAUGGGAGCGGCGAAAGAUAUUGCAGAAGAGACAUCACUUCACUGUCUCAAAUGAUUGUCCCUUCAUAUGUAUUCCUUAUGGGUUGUUCCUCGGCGGCUACAAAAAACGACGUCGUUGUGGGAAACUUAUGGGACGUCACCGAUAAAGACAUUGAUCGAUUUGCCCUCACAGCACUGGCAAAUUGGGGGCUCUUGAAAAUACCAGGAAUCUCUCCAUGCAUUCCCAAUGGUGUUUUAAGCCUGGUUCAAGCUGUUUCAAAAGCUAGAUCAUCAUGUAUCUUGCAAUGGGCCGUUGGCGCUGCACCUGUGAUAUGGGGACUACCUAAGGACACCUUCAACUUUGUGUAA